GCACAGCACAUUCAGUCAAGCGUACAUCCUGUCAUGGACACAGAAACAGGUGGUCGUGUCAGUGUCUCGACAACCAGAGCGACUGCUUUUGGAAGGUGUUUGACGGUGGGGACAGCACGAGAGGACAUAUUUGAGUAGCGCGGUUACUCAAACGCAAUUGACAUUAUGAACGUCAUCGCAGUCCUGUUUCUUUUUGGAUGGGCAGUUGUUUCCCAGGGCGACCGUUCCCAGGGCGACCGUUCCCAGGCGACCCUGGAAGCUGACAGGCCUUCUCUGAGGGUCCAGCUCUCCCAUGCCGCCCACCUGCAGUGCUGCUACCACACCACAGGGGGCGCUUUGACACACGUCUGGAUCCACAGUGUCCACACAGUCAAUGGAACGGGCUUCCCCAUGACAGUAGACCUGAAGGACCCUCGGGUGACCGUUGACCAGAACCAAACGGUCGAGGGAGUCUGGUGUCAUCACCUCAGCCUGAGCUCGGUCCAGUUAGAGGACAGUGGGCUGUACCAGUGUUUGCUGAACGGCAGAUCCCCGAGGUCCUCGAUGUACACACAUGGCACCUACCUACAGGUCUACAAGCCUAUGGAGAAGAUGUUUAACUUGAGUGAGACUGUGAAGAACCGGAUCCUGGCGGUAGAGGGGGUGUUGUUGCUUGUGUGUGUACUCCUCCCUGGGGUCAUUCUGCUCUUUAAGGCAAAGAGAGUCAAUGAGCUUGAGAUUCUGAGAGGUAAAAGGGAAGAGGAAAACAUAUAUGAGGGUCUGAACCUGGAGGAUUGCAGCACCACCUAUGAUAAAAUCCAGCUUUCCCUGGUGCAGGGGGCCUACCAAGAUGUAGGGUACAGAGUGAAGGAGAUGGGGGAGGAUGAGGAGGACGAUGCCCAGCUCCAGAAGCCUUGAAAGAGUGGAAGAAUGAGGAGAGUUUAGAUCAGUUGUUAAGGAGAUAAAAGGUGAAGUUUGUGGGACAAGCACAUAGAGCUGAGGGUUUUUGAUUUUCUGUGCAGUCUGAAAAGCUUUUUUAUCAACAUUUGAAUUGAUAGAACAUUUUAAAGCUAUCUCAUGUGUUUCCUGUCUUCCAAUGUUUUUGUUAAUUUAGCCCAGUUUGACUUUUCUAUUAUGUUUUAAUGUGUCUGCUUUACAUAAAGUGAAUUAAUUAAAUGAAUGUAAUCUUGAA